GUGUCGAUGCAGCACUCUGGCCCCACGCAUUCCCGCAUUUGUGUUAAAAGUUUUCCGCAUAUCGAUCACUUGCAGAAGUAGGGCGGCCCCUCAGCUGCAUUCAUCUUGCGGUGCCCUGCGUGAAGCCAGCGGUAUCCACUUUCGUUUUCCAUUGUUGGCAAAGGUGGUCGCUACCCUCUCAGUUGCGGCGCCCUGCAAGAAGAGUCGCCUCAUGCGCUCCCUUUCUUUGCUCGUGAGUGGCGCCUCAAGCAGCAUGUGCAUGUGCCUUUAAUUGGCGCUCCAUGCGCCCGAGGCUGCAGACGGGAUUACACGGCCGGGCUGGCGGAAUAAUCUUUGACGUCACAUACAGAUGCAUUUCUUCUACUCAAUUAUUGUGUUCGUUCGCGGGUGACAAGCCUUCGUCUACCACGUGGAGCGUAACAUAAACAAGAUGGAGCGACAGGCGCUCCGUGCCGCGUUGCUGGCCUUCCUUGUGGCCAUCACAGUGCCCCGCGCCCCAUCUGAGGCCAGUGGAUCAGAAACUGAACCAGACUUCAUUGUUACCAUUCGCUCGAAUGGCGUGCAGGAAAAUACUCAGCAAGUGUUUUCGCUCCGACCUUCCGCAACUCUCCGCGUGGUUGACGAGAGCGCCAAAGCCUUCUUUCUGCCGCAGUCGGCAACUGCCGACCAAGAUUCGGCGCCAGGCUACAAUUUUGCUUAUGUAUUUGAGAAUGGUCGCUGCAACUUUGAAAGAACUGUCGCAUACAAGGAUGCUUUCCCGGGACACUCCCAACCCUUGUGGGUUCGAUCCGCAUCUCACGAGAACGCCGGUGGAAACGCGCCUGAGGACGGUAUUCCGAUCUACACAUUUACGAACCCUCCUGCGGAGCAUUUGAAUGGUGGAGUCAGUUUCUGUGUGAGGUUCACGACAGACUCCACAGCGACAUCCACCACGACGACGUCCCCGACAACGGCAGCAGUAGUGACAACAUCUGAUGCUUCAGCAACCUCUGCAAGCGCGUCAACUGACUCUACUGCCAGUGAUGCGUCGACAUCUCCGGGCAGUGGCAGCACAGGCCAGUCGGAACAAUCCGGUGGAGGCACGUCAGCUGAAGACUCUGGAUCUGAGACGGGACCUAGCGAACCCUCGACGCCCAGCGACGGUAAUCCCCAAAACUCGUCGGGUGUAGGCAAACGUAACCACGAAAUUGAUCAAGGAGGAUCCGAAACAACAGACGGCGAUGGCAGUUCAGCCGCUACUCAUCCGUCUGCAGGUCUGGUUGGACCAUCCAAGCAACAAGAUCAUACAAAUCCGCCAAGUCCUGGAACUUCUCCUAAAGAGCCUGAUGCGUCCAAUGGCAUGGCCGAACAAUCCCAAAACACACAACACAGCACAAGCAACGGAUCCCCUCCACUUGCAGGCAACGCAGACGCUUACGGCGAUGAAGAAUUAAAUACUGCGCAGUCGUCCAAGACGCCAGUAUCUCAACGCAUUCCUCCCGCCAGUCCUGUCAUGGAGGGAGCUGCUUCUGAAGACCUGACCGCGCGCUUGAGGCGGCUUUCUGACACAGACACUUCAGCAGUGAAAUACUUGACGAUCGUCGUGCACUCCGCAGCUGCGGGCUCAUCAGCAGGCACACUGACACUGUCAGGCGCUUUGCUAUCAGUAGUGGCAACUCUUAUGUUUGCCUUCUAUUUCUAG